AUAGUACCCACAAUGCCGGAAUCAUCAGUGGUCUUCGGUACGAACGAAAAAUGGCGAAUAAACCGCAACAUUCUGGUGUUGGGGUUCGCGUUCAUGGUGCAUUUCACUGCUUUCCACGGCACUGCCAACCUGCAGAGCUCAGUGAACAGCGACGCAGGCGCCGGAACAUUUACCCUGGCAGCUAUAUACUUCUCACUAAUUCUGUCUAAUAUACUCCUACCGGCUGUUGUAAUCAAAUGGCUGGGCUGCAAGUGGGCUGUGGCUAUAUCUUUCAUAGCUUACAUGCCGUUUAUAGCGGCACAGUUCUACCCACGACUCUAUACCCUGGUGCCAGCGGGUAUGAUGGUGGGGUUCGGCGGGGGACCGCUUUGGUGUGCUAAAUGCACCUAUUUGUCAGUGGUAGCGGAACCUUACGCCAAGCUGUCAGGUGUGUCAGCUGAAGUGCUAGUAGUACGGUUCUUUGGACUCUUCUUCAUGUUCUACCAGAUGGCACAGAUCUGGGGGAACCUGAUAUCUUCUGCAAUUCUAUCAUCUAACUUAGGCGAUGAGCCAGGACUAUGGAACGCGACGUCAAGCUUAGCAGAUUUAUUCACAAAUGAAACUAGUUUGCCUACUGUUGACUUCGGGUCUACUUGCGGCGUCAACUUCUGCAGUGCCAGUGCAUCUCAUGGCAAUACAAAUCUGCAACCUCCUUCAGAACUGAAGAUCCAGGUGAUAGCGGGAGUAUUCCUUGCGUGUAUGGCUGCUGCAGUCUUAUUGGUGGCCUUUGGAGUCGACUCACUUACCAGAUACACCGGAGGUCGUAACACAGCAUGUCAGGGUAAGUCUGGAGUCCGUUUGUUGGCAGUAACUCUUCGACAGCUGCGACACAAGUACCAACUGCUUCUACUACCUGUCAUAGGGUAUAUUGGAGCUGAACAAGCUUUCAUGGCAGCUGAUUUUACACAGGCGUUCAUCGGGUGCGCGUACGGCAUCAGUAACAUUGGGUACGUGAUGAUUUGCUUCGGAGUGUUCAACGCGUUGGCUGCCCCCGUCGCCGGAGCUCUCGUCAAGGUCACCGGCAGGUUCCCUGUUAUGGUCACUGCACUGUUGUUAAACCUAUGUCUCCUCACAUCUCUGCUGUACUGGCGUCCGGAGCCCGAGCAAUGGUUGGUGUUCUACGCGCUCGCCGCCAUCUGGGGCACUGCUGAUGCUGUGUGGCUGGUGCAAGUUAAUGCAUUUUCAGGCAUCCUAUUCCCCGGCAACGAAGAAGCCGCUUACUCCAACUUCCGUCUGUGGGAGGCGACCGGCAGCGUGCUGUCGUACGCCACUGCGCCGUACUUGUGUGUUAGGACAAGAUUAUACUGCCUAUUAGGCUUUCUACUGGUCGGCUUCCUAGGCUACAGCAUCAUAGAGCUGAUGGAAUACAAAGUGAAGAAAGCUCAUCAUCUCGAAAGGAACUUUGAACUUGUGGAAAAGAAACCUGAACAAGAAUCACUAAGACAACCUUCUGAAGCCGAAGGAGACUACUGAAGGUAGAAUUAAGAAGUAAGUAUGAAGAAUACAUGAUAUUGUGAGUUUUUACAUGUUUGUUUGUUUGUGUACUGUAUUUUAUAGUGUUCAUUAAUUAGAGUUUCAAAUAAAUAUGACUGGGAUCAAAAAUGUGGUCUCCAGUUGUUGCAUGUCAUUUCAGAUUAUUGUAUCUGUCUAUUUCUGGUAGAAAAUUUAAUCUUAAUAUAUUCAGUAGUUUUAUAUUUAACUAUUGUUAAAAUUUCAUCCUCAUAGUGUGUACAUUAAUAAGUUUAUUAUGUUUAACAAUUAAUUAAAAGGCAUGUAAGAUAGUUUUAAAUAGUAGUAAGUAGGUAAAUGAGUUGAUUACAUUUACCUAAGAAAUAUUUCUGAUUUAAUUAGGUUAAAAUCUUGUUGGAGAGUGGUAGAAGUAAAAAUAAUAUGACUAAAUUUUAAAAAUCAUAGUUCUAAAUUGGAAAGUUGUGUAAAAAUAAAAUAAAACAAUAAAAAAGUAGUUUCAUUAAAUUGUCGCUUUUAUUUCUCUUCACAUAAAUACUUAAAGGGUUGGAUCGUACUCGACCGGCUAGACAAGCUAAACAAUAACUAAGUACAAUGUUCGCAGGGAAACUAACAAAGUGACUAAACCCUUGUUAUACACAAUAAUUAUACAUUAAAAAUAACAAUAACCGAAGUUA